CUUCUCAGUGUAAUCUCUCACCUAGCCCUAACUGGUUCCCCUCUUAAAAUCAACCAAAAACCAUCCAAAAUUUUGCUUCUCCCUAAUCCACCGCCCUCUCCAAUGCACUCUUUGCUGGUUUCUCUCCUCCACUUUUCCAAAAUUCAUGCAAUCCUCACCCAGCCGACCAGCCCCAUUGCUCACCUCUUAAAAUUAAAUCCCCCAAAUCCCAUUUUCAGAUCUGCUACUCUAUAAUCCCUUCAACCAAAAUCUAGAAAAUACCCUAAACCCAUACAUCGAUCACCAUUGAAUUCUCUGAUUUCAAAAUCAUAGAGUAAAAACAAAAGGGAUGAACAAAAGGAGCCUUCUUUGGGGGUGGAAGUUGUUGCCGGAGACAGCAAUGUUGGUGAAAGAAAAAAAAAUUCAUAAGAAGAGGUCGACUAUAGGGAAGAUUUGUCAUAAAGCUGACUUAAAAUCAUUUUCUCUAUAAAUGCAUGACUUAUUUUAUUGUUAAAUUGUUAAAUUGUUGGCUGAAAUCUUGAAAAAAUGAUGGAAUAUGUCUAGCAUGCAUACCUCUUGUUGCCUAAUCCUCUCACGAACUCUGUUUUUUUGGUUCCCCAUCCGGUAUCCGGGGUUUCACCCCGACUACUCCGGACUCGACCAGCUGUGGCGCACCAGAAUGGUGGGUGGGUCUCCCAACGAAGACUGCUGCGUACACAAGGUGUCUCGAACUCGAGAUCUUGUUUAAGCUGGAACAAGCCGCUUGCCACUUGAUCCAACUCCUCGUUGGUCUCACGAACUCUGUUUCCCACUUCUUAUAGUUAGAAUUAGGGUUCAACUCUUUGUUAUAUAUUGGUUCAGAGGAUAAGUUUGGAAGAUAAUCGAAUAGCAUUUAGAUAGAAUUGAAAUAGAUAAGUUAACAUUUC